AAUUUGCACUCGAUGAAAAUUAAUCACUGUAGAAUUAAUUAAAUAGAAAGUGACGAUUAGUUUUUUAAAAUAAGAAAUUGAUCGCGGGUUGUUUCGAUCAAAAAAAUCUAUCGUCGGGUUCUAAUUUCAUCAAUGGUGCUUCUGGGUGUGCUAUGUUUCGUGUUAGAGAAGUCAUUUCCUAGUUAAAAGUUACUUCAAAACACUUCAACUUUCAAGUACCAUGGAAUUGAAAGUCUGGGUCGAGGGCAUUCAAAGAAUAGUUUGCGGUGUUACCGAAGAUACGACGUGUCAAGAUGUGGUUUAUGCUCUAGCUCAUGCAACUGGACGUACUGGUAGAUUUACUCUAACCAAGAGAUUGCGAAAUGAAGAAAGACUGCUGGCUCCCCACGAGCAUCCCCUGAAGGUGCUAAUGGAAUGGAAAGAACAUUUGAACAGCGUUCAGUUCAUAUUACAACAUUCGAAAUCGUCUCAAGCGACACCUUCGUUGAACAUAGCAUCACCAAUAUCGAGUCCAAAUAAUUUACAAACGUUGUCGCCAGAAAGAAACAAAGACGUUCGUAAAUCAUUAAACUUUCCUCUGAAUCAUCGUACAGAUAACGUAGGCAUCGUUAAAGGAAUACCGAAACGAAGUUCGCCUGAAAUAAAGCCUGAUCCUACGGUAAAGAUACAAGACAGAUCGUUUACAUCUAGUCCCAAUUCGAAGGUUUCGUCUCCCAUUGCCAAGUCGAACGAGAACAAUAUUCCAUCACCAGGUAGUCAGAAUUUCAGUUACAGGAAAACCCCACCUUCGUAUCGAGAUCCGCCCGGUCCAAACACACCCUACAGAGCGUUGCCUCCCUAUAGGGAACCUCCACCACCUGUUUCCGGUUCCAAAACAUCGCCCAAGUUUACUUCGACCGAUACUAAUUUCAAAACUACACCGAAACGUAAUCUUACAAAGGAUCACCAAAAUGAGUCUGGAAAUAAUUCCUUGAUUUACUCGUCGCAAUAUCGCGAUCUAGUGCAUUUAAUAAACUAUCAAAGAGAUCAAUUAUCCGCCCAACAGGCCGAAUUAAGCAAAUACGACGCGGAAAUAAUUUACUGGGAAACGAAAACGCGAGAACAACAGCAUCAAAUGGAUAUCCUAGCGAAAGAGGUGGCUCGUGUAGACGCGACGUUGAAACAAGUCGACGAACAGCUUCGAUCUGCCGGACCAGUCGAAGAAGAAAUGGAAAUUGUCAAGCAACAAGAUAGAACGUUGAAAUCCGAAUUAACAUUGUUGCGUUCCAAAUUAGCCAAUUGUGAAACGGAAUUAUUACUUUGCAAAAAUAAAAUAAGAUUACUUCUCGAUGAAAUUAAAAUGGAACAGAGAAUUUUGGCUAGAGAAAGUGAAGAACGGAAUCAUAUCGAGAAAUCUAUGCUGGCCGAAAUAGAAAGACUGCAGCAACAAGUAGAACAAGCUAAGCAUGAUGCCGAAAUGGCUGCUCAGAUUGGCGAUACUUUGCAUAAAGAAGUGGCAGUCUUGGAAGCGACCAUAAACGAGAAAAAAAGGCAAGUCGAAAAAUUAGUAUCCGAUAUGAAAGAAGCUAAUCUGCAAUCGUUGGCCAUAUCACCUCCGGAAGAACUAAAGAUGAUAUUAGAAGGUGCUCAAUUCUCGAAACCAGGCAGUACGCGGAAAAUGAUCGGUUCCCCGAGACAGUUGGAAAACGCGGUACCAACGAGUAAAAAUCCUCACGGCGUUUGGGUAUGAUGAAAUAAACAAACGUCACACGAAGAGGAUAAUCUUUCAUGACAGCAUUAACAACCACGCACGUGUUUCCGGUUCCUGUUAUGUACCUGUGCCCUUUGAAAACACAAAAUCCUACAAUAAUUACGAGAGUAUACUCGUAUUAUAAACCCGGUUAUACGCGGAUUAAAUG